AUGUACUUCGUCAUAAACACCCCAAUACUCUUAGCGUUAUUCCAAGCGGUCCUCGCGCUCCCUGGUGCUGCGGCGGCGGGAACAUGCGACAUCAAAUCUGCAGCUUCAGGUGACAUUCCAAAGGGUAGCGAAGGCGGUAGCCUUACCCUUGAAGUCCGCGCCGGCGCCGGCGCCUAUAAAUGUUCGCUUGAUGAAACCGGUAGCGGGAAUAGCUGGGCGAAGCAAUUGACCGCUGCCCGUAUCAACGGUAGUUUGACCGUUAGUCUUCCUAAAGACCUCGACUGCAACGGAAAAUUUAAGAACUCCGACGAUCUUUGCAUCAUCAGAUGCGAGAAUAGUAGUGAUCCAACGGAUACCAUCUGCAAUAUCUUUGAGCAGGUAAACAACGAUGAUAAAGACGACGGGGAUGAUGGCAACGGUGGGGCAGAGAAGAAGAUUAAGAAGCGCGAGCCAGAACCGGAACCAAAGAAGAAGAAGAAGAAGAGUAAGAAGGGAGGAAGGAGGAACGGGAACAAUAGGAAUAACAAUGAGAUGAAUUUCUCAAUGGAUAGUCUGAAUGUUUCAGAAGAUAAGGGGAAUGGAGCGUCUGUUCCGAAAACCGGUCGUAGGAACGGCAACAACAGGAAUAACAAUGGCAUGAAUUUCGCCAUGGAUGACGUGAAGAUCGGGGAAGUGGAUGACGAUCUUAAAAGGCUUGCCAAGCGCGGUGAUGAAGGAGAGAAUGGAGUUAUUGAUACCACGAAGGACUCUCCUGAGCUUGAGAAGCGUGGAGCUGGUAAAAAGAAGAAUAGGAAGCCAGUGGCGGCAAAGAAGGCGAAAAAGAAUGGAGUCAAGAAGGCGUCAGCGAAGAAGAAGAAGAAGGGGAAGAAAGCCACCAAAAAGGUAACAAAAGGACGCAAAAAUGGCAACAAUAGGAAUAACAAUGAGCUUAACUUCGCUAUGGAUGAUCUGGAUGUUGAGGAAGAGGGUGGCGAUGAGGAGGAAGAGGAGGAGGAAGAAGAGGAGGAAGAAGAGGGAGGCGACGAAGAAACCGAAACCAAGAGACUUGCAAAACGCUUCCCACAAUACCCCCAAGUCCCAGAGGGUCUUAGCAAACGCUCUAUGGAUCUUGAACCGCGGGAUCCAAAGAAGAAGAGCAAGAAGAAGAAGGGUGGCAGAAGGCCUCGCGUUCGCAAAAUCAACAAGAAGAAAAACUCUGCGAAUGGUGCCAAAACUGGCAGCCAGAAUAUCAGCUUGAGCAUCACUCCAGCCGAAACCGCUCCUGAAGAAGAGACUCCUAUUGAUGAAGGGGAGGAGCCCGUGGAAGAAGAAGAAGAAGAAUUGAAAAAGCGUUCCAUCAACCUCGAACCUAGGGACCCGAAGAAGAGGAAGGGGCGUAGGGUUCGUAAGAAUAAAAAGGUAAACACCGCGAAUGGCGCAAAAACAGGAAGCCAGACAAUCAGUUUGAAUAUUGGACCCGCCUCAGAGGAAGCGACAACCGCCGAUGUAGAAAAGCGUUCGAUCGAGCCAAGGGACCCGAAGAAAAAGGGCAGAGCUAGAGUCCGCAAGAACAAAAAGGUGAACAAAGUAAAUGCGGCAAAGACUGGGAGCCAAACCAUUGAUAUAAAAGUAACUUCACCUGCGCCUGCGGCGAAAAACACAUCAACUACCAAAACCAAGACCAAGGCGAAGAAAACAUCUAAAAAUCCCAAGACUCCUUCCAAGCCAUCUACCCCCAAAGGCGAGGAGCCAGAGGAGGAGGAAGAGGAAGGGGAGGAGGAAGAGGGGGAGGAAGAGGAAGAGGUUGUUCAGCCAAAGACUCAGCCAAAACCCUCAAAGCCAACCACCAGUACUCCGAAGGCCGACCCCCCAAAGGAAGAGCCCCAAUUGGAAGAGCCAGAGGAAACAGAACCCAAGGAGGAAGAACCUAAAGCAGAAACUCCGAAGGAAGAAAGCCCAGUUACAUAUAAGCUUCGAUUCCACAGAAGCUAG